AUGACCGAUGAACGUACAGUGCUUAUUGCUAUGGACGGUAGCGAACAUGCAGAUUGUGCCUUCACAUAUUACAAAGACAAUUUAUACAAAGAACAUGAUCAGUUGGUGAUUGUGUAUUGUGCUGAAUAUAAGUCAUUAAACAAUCAACAAUCUCUCACCAUGAUGUCAAUCGAUCCAGCCCUUGUCACCAAUCUUAUAAUGGAGGAAGAAAAAGAGAUGAAUAAAAUAGCUGAGAAAUUCGAAGCCCUUGUUAAAGAUCAUAAGAUGAAAGGAAAGCUGAUUCGCGUGGGAGGAGAGCCAGGACCAGGAAUCUGUAAAGUUGCACAAGAGCAAAACGCCGACUUCAUUAUAACCGGAAGUAGAGGUCUCGGUACUGUCCGACGCACUUUUCUGGGAAGUGUUAGCGACUACAUAGUGCAUCACUCGCACGUGCCGGUGUUGGUAUGCCGACAAAAAACAUAA